UCUCUCUCUCUCUCUCUCUCUCUCUCUCUAUAGCUCUCGGGCACGCAAAAAAUCUCCCUUUUGACUUAAAAAACUUUCUCCGGCUAAUCUCCUUUUGUUUUCCUUUUGUUCUUCGUUCACUUGUAUCUCUUCUUUGUCCCUAACUAAGAAGCUCAAAUUUCACUUCUACUGAACUGGGUUUUAUCUUUUGCCUUAGUGUUGCUUUGGAUCUUUUGUUGAUGUUCGGUUUUGGGGCCAAAAGGUUCAAACUUUAUUAUACUCUCAGAGAAUUGGGUUUAUUCGAUCUUCAUCUUUCUGUUGAUUUCAUUUUCUGGGUCUGAUCAAAGUUUUUUUGUUUUUUUUUUUCUACUCACUAUGUGAUCAGAGAAAAAGAAAGAGAGUGAUCUAUUCUAGGGUUGAUUGAAGUGGAGGCUUCAAUUGACUUUUUUGUUUUGUCUUGGUUUUUCGAAUCCUAUGGUGGUUCGAUUUGGAAUUUAGAGUUAAAUGUUUUGAAUGAUGGCUACAAAGCCAGGCUCUGUUAAGGUGGUGGAGAAAUUGGGUGUUGAGAAAGCUGAGAAAGGGAAAGUGAUGAGUAAAAAGAAGAAUGUUAAGAAAGAUGGAGAUGAGAGUGAAAGUGGUUUUUGGUAUAGAUUCAAGUUCAUCUUUAGUUGUAUCUCUUCUAGAUCAAAAGUUGAUAGUUCCAUGAAUGCUACUACAGUUAUUGCAGAACCUAAAAAAGUUAUUGCAAAGAAUGAAAGUCAACCAGCUCCGACUAAAGACAUUGGCUCUGUGGAGAGUUGUUCCUCAACACCUCUAAUAAGUGGGGAAUUGAAGUAUUCUUCUAAGCUACGGAUUUUCAUGUUCAACGACCUUAAGUUAGCAACUAGGAAUUUCAGACCAGAGUCUCUUCUCGGUGAGGGUGGGUUUGGAUGUGUUUUUAAAGGAUGGAUAGAGGAGAAUGGAACUGCACCAGUUAAGCCUGGUACCGGUUUAACUGUUGCUGUCAAGACACUGAACCCAGAUGGCCUUCAAGGUCACAAGGAGUGGCUGGCUGAGAUUAACUUCCUUGGAAACCUUGUUCACCCCAGUCUGGUUAAAUUGGUUGGUUAUUGCAUGGAAGAAGAUCAAAGGCUGCUCGUCUACGAGUUUAUGCCACGAGGGAGUUUGGAGAACCAUCUCUUCAGAAGGACCUUGCCUCUCCCAUGGUCUGUUAGAAUGAAAAUUGCACUUGGAGCAGCUAAAGGUCUCGCCUUUCUUCACGAAGAAGCUGAGAAGCCAGUCAUAUAUCGAGAUUUUAAAACAUCUAAUAUUUUACUGGAUGCAGAAUAUAAUGCAAAGCUCUCUGAUUUUGGGCUUGCGAAAGAUGCACCAGACGAGAAAAAAUCCCAUGUGUCAACUCGAGUUAUGGGAACUUAUGGUUAUGCUGCCCCCGAAUAUGUAAUGACUGGACAUCUUACAACGAAGAGCGAUGUGUACAGUUUUGGAGUAGUUUUACUUGAAAUAUUAACAGGACGAAGAGCCGUGGAUAAAAGUCGGCCGAACGGGGAACAAAACUUGGUUGAAUGGGUGAGACCACAUCUCUUAGACAAGAAAAGGUUGUGUCGGCUACUAGAUCCUCGGUUAGAAGGUCACUACUCGAUCAAGGGUGCUCAGAAAGCCACACAAGUAGCAGCGCAAUGUCUUAACCGAGACUCCAAAGCUAGACCGAAGAUGAGUGAAAUUGUGGAAGCUUUGAAGCCUUUACCAAAUCUUAAAGACUUUGCUAGCUCUUCAUCUUCUUUCCAAACGAUGCAGCCUGUUGCUAAGAAUGGAGUCAGAACACAAGGAGGAGGGUUUGUGUCGAGAAAUGGACCGCCUAUGAGAAGUUUGUCUAGCUUAAACUUGCCUCAAGCAUCCCCUUAUCGUUAUGCCCGCCAAUCACCAAAGCCUAAGGGAAAAGAGCCAUGAGUCCAAUAGAUAUCAAUUAGUUCUUCAUGUCUGACCCGAGGUUUUGUAGAUUGGGGCUGUAUGGUUCAGCUUCUUCUUUCCGAUUCAAGAGCGGGUUGCAAAAGCUUUUAUCCAGAUCAAAGAGAUGGUCUGUGGAAGCUGAAGCUUGGCAAGUUUGGAAUGUUUCGGAUCCUGUUUGUGUUCUUUGAGUUUUUGGAACUCAGAACAAAUAUCUUUGGUCCUGAAGGUCCAAAGAUUUUGAUCUUAUGAUUUUAAUGUUGUAGAAAUGUAAAGUUUGAGAGUGUAAAGUUUCUAUAAAGGAUAAAAAAAACCUGUUGUCUGUAAAAACUUAUCUAAACCCUGUAAUGUAUAUUGUUCUGACUUCUGAUGUGCAUUGAUUAUUUA